AUGAACAGCCGCAUGCAAUCAUCAUUCAAGCUACUCAGCCUACUCCCAGCAUUGGUUGUCGCUGCCCCAGCCGCACCGGCGCCAGCAAGCGAACAAGUGUCGAUACUAUCUAGGGAUGACGAUCACCCUUACUAUUUCCCGCUUGGAGGAAUCAUCGCCAUCCCACUGGCCGUCGUAGCCCUGAUCGUCGUCACCGUUGGGCUCGUAAGGCGCAAGUUCUAUAAGCCAUCCGAACCCACCACCCAGCCGCCUACGAUAGCGCUGGCAGAGCGAGGAAGAACGGACACUCUGCCGGUAUACCAACGAGAAGAAAACAGCACCGCGUUGACCACAGACUCGCACUCCACAUCAAGUUCGGGUCUGGCCAAGCCACAGGACGAACCGCCGGCUUACGUAGCACCACCGAACAGCUCUGCUACAACGGAAAAUCGGGCUGCACCUGCUACCAACCCAUCCUCACCUCGUACUACUUCAACGGCACAAAAUAAUUCAACUAGUGAAGAAGUAGCGCCGGGUAAUGGCCGAGCUUCAUAA